AUGCAGAUGUUAAGGGAGAAGAUUGCCAAACUGGCCGGCGGUGUACAGCAAGGCAUAGCGUGGUUUAAAGCCGGAGGCAUCGUCAGCCCGAUGGUCCUCAUCUACGUAUUGCACAUGCUCUGGCCAGAAUUUCGCCCAUUCAGUAUCCUGUUUGUGGUUGCGAUUGGAUUGCUCUGGGAUCGCUCAGCAAUGGAGCCGUGUCCAUCAAUAAGAACUUCCCCGUUAGGAGAUAUCUGUGCCAAGAUUUGGGCGCUACGUACGACUAGACCUAUCAGUAUGGUGGUUGGCAGUGUAGCGGGCCUGCUGACGCUUACCUUUCUAGUUUGCAACGUAUUCCCGCUGUGGUUGUCCCUGGCAAUGACGGGUUUGCUUGUGUACUGGGAUCGAUGGCAGUUUGACGUUGCAGGUACGUUCAGCAAUGCACCAAGUUUGCGUGACACGAUAACUGAGCAGGAGAUUGACGAAUUCGUGCCGGAACUGACGGAAGUGAAUCGCGUCCUGUUGCAGGAAGUCGGUGAGCAGGGUGCAGACACGAACCCCUUGGUGGAAGGUUUAACACCCGGUGCGAUGAGCAAAAACAAAGCCGAAGAAGACGAAGAACGUUACCUCAAAACGCUCAUACCGGAAGCAAGCUGCAAUGAUUUCGAAUCGGCCGAACUGAGCGGGUCCAGCAGCGACGAACUGUUCUGUCCCGAGGGCCCGGUAGUGCGAAAGACGGCCUCCGGUCGGUUACACACCAAACAUCACGCCGAAAAGCCGAUCGAGUUCAAGAGCAGUCACUUUAAUGCGAACAGUUCCUCCGACUCGGAUGACAACAUGUCACGGGGUUUGUGCUUCAAUGAUGAGAGUGAUGCAGUGAGUAGACGCCCUGGAGGCAAUAGACAGCAACCGGAUAUGAUGAUGAUGAUGAGCGCCGGUAGCCUCGCAACCAAUGUCCUGAUGGACACGAUGUGCAAACGUUUGCUGGACGCUGGUGUGCUUCAGCAGCAACCACCACACAGCGUCCUACAGUCGGUUGGUUUCGAUCCACGGAAUCCGCUGGUAGCCUCGAUUGGUAGCACGAUACAGGCGCUACGGGGGCAAACGGUACAGGUGCCGGAAGAGGAAAACGACGAAUCGACCGAUGCGGAUGAGGAUAGCGAUUUCGAAAUGCUCAACUCAGAGGAACUGAAUAAUUUAUGA